UUAUUCGACGCAAAAUUGUUCCAAAUGUAGAAAAUCUUUUUUUCCAUACUUUUUGGUUUUGUAAAUAAAAUUAAAUAAAAGGCGGAAUGGCUCUAGAUAGGCAAAAGAUUUUAAGUGAAUUAGGCAGUGUAAUGAAUCAGUUAAAAAAUACAGAUUGUGGAUGUAUGGGUAAAUUAUUUGGAGAUUCUGGACAAAGUCUAGCUUCCAACGGCAUUUUUUCGAAUUGUAACGCGUAUAAGCACGGUUAUUGUCAUAGUCAUGGGUACAAUCCAUCAUGUGGCGAACCCCAUGCAAAUAAUACGCAUAACUUUCGUGGAUCUUGUUUAGGUCGAUGUAAUCCACCAAAGCUGUACGCUGAUACAUACAACUAUCUGACUGAAAAUCUUAUGCAACCAACAAUUAAUGAAGUAUAUAACGACUUACACAGCAUUACGCCAGCUAAUACUGUAAUGAAUAGUCCAAUGGCAAAACAAAUGGGGUUUCCCACCGAAAAUUUUUCGACUCAAGGUAAUAUGGGUAACAUGUCUAAUGGCCAAAUACAAAAACAGGGUAAUGUUGGCAACUUUAAUUCUGGUAAUAUUUAUACUGGUACCAAUAAUAUACCACAAAAUAAUACUCCCACAAAUAUACCAAAUUCUAAUAAUAUGGGUAAUAUCGGUGGAAUGGGACCACAAAUUAUGAAUAUGUUUGGAGAAAACCAACUUGCAAAACCUGUUUCAUCGCCAACAAACAAUCAACAUAAUCACAAUGACAAUGUUGCCUUUGUUGGACAACAUUAUGGCGCCAGUCAACCAAUGCAACAAACGAAUUUAAAUCCUGUACAACAUUCUCAACAAAUGAAAAAUAUGAAUUCCGAAGGAGGAUUUCCUAAUCAGAUGGCAGCAAACAAUAAUUAUCAACAUCAAGGUCAACAUUCCCAAGGAAUUGCCAAGUUCAAUGAAAUGUUCCCAGGUGUUAUGAAAAACGGCGAUUUAGGUUUUGACCCUAUGGCUAUUGCAAUUCAGAUGAACCCUGCAAAUCAAAAACAAGCAGCUUUAGAUACCAUACACAAAAUAAUGAACAAUAAUAAUGGUGGAAACAAAAUUUUAAAUACAAAUGAUAAUACUGUCAACCAAGGAUUUAAUUCAUCAACAAAUAACAACCAAUAUAAUAUACCACAAAAUCAAAUACAAAAUAACAUACCAACUAAUGAAACGUGGCAAUAUAAUGCUUUAAAUCAACAGAAUAAUACACAAAUGGUGUCACAGCAACCAAAUAUAGCUGAAACUGCUCAAUUUCAGCAAGUUUCCAAGCCAAUUACUAAUCCAAAUGGGGUAUUUCCUGGACAAACAAAUCAGAACGCUUUUGCUGCUGUUACAAGUGCACCUUUAAAUGGGCAACAGCAACAACCUUUACAUUACCAGCAGCAACCCCUAGCUAAUCCGAAUUCAAAUAAUGUCCAAUUGAAUCUUCCAACACUAUAUGAAGGAAAUACUACUCCCAAUAUAUUGCAAUCUCAUACAAAUCAAAUACCGAAUAACGCAAAUACUCAACAAAUAAUAAAAGAGCCGAUACUACCAGUAGAUACGUCCAAAUUUGUAAUGCCGAAGCAAAAGUAUUACAAUUAUAAUACUCUUGGUCAACCCGUUGAAAUGCUGCCAGGUAAAAUGUAUCACACCUCUGAACCACCUUUACCCCAGACAUUAUCUCCGCAGGUUGCUAUGAAAUCAGGAAACAAUUUUUCAAAAUAUAGUAAUGUCAAGUCUACUGUAAGUAAAACUUCGUUAAUGGGCAACAAGCCUGUGGGUAAAUGUCCAAGUAGAAAUCAGUUACAACAAAUAUAUAAUCAAUACAAAGGUUCGCAAUCAUUCACGCACCAAAACAUAAAAGAUCAAAGUAGCAAAAAUAUUAGCCAUUCGGAAGGAAGAUUUAAUUUACCACAUAAUACACAACACAAUUUAUCUGCACAGCAAAUGCCUAUUGAAAAUGUCGGUGGAGAUACCGUAGCAAAUAAUCAACUAAAUGACGAAAGGGCCUAUAGAAAAGAAUAUGUUAGAGAACAAAUUGGUGACGCACCAAUUACAAAACAACCAGCCAAUGUACCGGAAAAGUUGUCUCCGGUUGUUAAUCGCAAGUAUAGAAACGGAUUACAAGACAUGGUUUAUACGUCAUAUCCAACUUCAGCUGCUUGGUCUUUCCACGGACAUAGUAGAGCCUCGAUCUGCCCCUCUGCACAUAGAUAUCGGAAUAAAAUUUAAGUGUGUAUGUUGAAAUUAAAGUGCAGUCAAAGUGUAUAAAUGUAAAAUUUAAAGAAAAUAAAAGAUUUUGUGAUAAGUAAA